CUUGCUUCCUUCUUGCAUUGAAUUAAAAGCAUUCUCUGAGUUUUGUGAAAUCCUAAAUCAAUUUUAAAUUUAUCUUUAGUUGAGAUAUAAAAGGAAAAUGUCUUGCUGCGGAGGAAACUGUGGCUGCGGCUCUGGCUGCAAGUGCGGCAAUGGCUGCGGAGGGUGCAAGAUGUACCCGGAUUUGAGCUACUCUGAGGUCAGCGCCCCAACUGAGACCCUCGUCCUCGGCGUUGCCCCUCAGAAGACAUAUUUUGAGGGAGCAGAAUCUGGUGAGUGCGGUGCAGAGAACGGAUGCAAGUGCGGGGCUAACUGCACCUGCAACCCAUGCAAUUGCAAAUGAAGUGGGGCAGGGGCCCAAUCUUAACUGGGGUCUGAAGCAGAGAUGAAGAAGAUUAGUAUUACUAAUGUUAUGUAGUAACUCUGUGUCUUGGUGUCCUCUGAAGGGGGCCUAAAACUGCGUCUGUAAUAAAAGCAGCCAUGCCCUCCAUGUCUGUCUCUUGGAGUUUGAAAUGGUUGCUUUUGGAGUCUCUCUCUGUCUGUCUUUUGUAAAAAAAAGAUGGGGUUUAGGAUCUCUGCUGCUUCUUGGACUCCUGUCCUUAUAUAUUAAUUAUGAUGUCUGAGGAAAGUUGAGUCAGGUUGAAUUAAUGGAAACUCCUUUCUUCUA